CGGUGAAAGAUGAUGUCAGACGACCGCAUGCGCCCCGGAUUGGAGAAAGCGGAGUAAACAAAGCCGCGAGGAGGAGGAGGAGAGGUCUCCACAUCUCUAGACAGUCCGACCGACACACCGAAUCCGACUUUACGCACAGGAGAGGGCGACCCCGGCGGCGCGUACUCGUCUGCCAAACGCUGAAAGUUUCACUGACAGUCCCACUUUAAUGGGUGACGCGCUAAAAAAAGACUUUUGGAAAAGCUAAAGGGAAACUUACCAUCGUCUUUUACUCCGGACGCUGUGCAGUUUUCGUUUGAGUAAGAAACUGAUAACUGACCUUACUAAGUAUCCAAGGAAUCACUUGCCAGUGUUCUGCUUUAUUAUUGCGGGAUUUUUUUUCUCUCUCUGUUUUUUUUGCGCAUAAGCAGUUUUGAGAAAUUAGUGAAGUUGAAUAAGAGCAGACACACGCCGGCUAUGCAUCUCGGCCGUUUGGAGACAGUCUGAGUCGUCUGAAUCAGGCUUCGUAUUCGUAUCAUGGUCCCAUAAUUGGGAGACAGACAGAGGCAGAAAGUAAGAAAUAGUGAAAAAGACAUUUGGGUCACUUCGAGGUGUGUUUGGGAACGUGUGCCUCUCACGUCCAGGUGUCCCGCCGAGCGGUGCGGAGUCUCCAGCUCAGGCCGGCAGCGCUGACAUGCUGCCCAAAGUCGAGACUGAAUCCCUGGGACUCUCUCGAUCGUAUGGGGAACAGGGGCACAUGCCAAGGAACAUGCAAGCCCCCCAGUUAAAAAUGAUGGACUACUCUUAUGACGAAGACCUGGACGAGAUGUGCCCCGUGUGCGGAGACAAAGUUUCUGGGUAUCACUACGGACUCCUGACCUGCGAGAGCUGCAAGGGCUUCUUCAAGCGCACCGUCCAGAACAACAAGCGCUACACAUGUAUAGAGAACCAGAGCUGCCAGAUUGACAAGACCCAGAGGAAGCGAUGCCCGUACUGCCGCUUCCAAAAGUGCCUCACUGUUGGCAUGAAGCUAGAAGCUGUGCGGGCGGACCGCAUGCGUGGUGGUCGAAACAAGUUUGGCCCAAUGUACAAACGUGACCGGGCCCUCAAGCAGCAAAAGAAAGCACUGAUCCGAGCUAACGGCCUGAAGAUUGAGGCCAUGAGUCAGGUGAUGCAGGCCGUGCCCACUGACCUCACCAUCUCCUCAGCCAUUCAGAACAUCCACUCAGCCGCCUCCAAGGGCCUUCCACUGAGCCACCAUGCUGGCCACCAUACUGGUCACCACCACCACCACCACCAUCAUCAUCAUGCCACUGCCCUGCCCCCCACAGACUACGACCGCAGCCCAUUUGUCACUUCACCGGUCAGCAUGGCAAUGCCGCCGCACGCUGGCAGCCUACAGGGCUACCAGACAGCCUACGGACACUUCCAGGGCACGCGCACCAUCAAGUCAGAGUACCCAGACCCAUACACCAGCUCACCAGAGUCCAUCAUGGGUUACGCCUACGUAGAUGCCUACCAGUCAGGCUCACCACCCAGCUUCCCCCACCUGAUCGUAGAGCUGUUAAAGUGUGAGCCCGAUGAGCCACAAGUUCAGGCCAAGAUCCUGGCCUACCUGCAGCAGGAGCAGGCAAGCCGAGGCAAGCACGAGAAGCUCAACACCUUCGGCCUUAUGUGCAAGAUGGCCGACCAGACACUCUUCUCCAUCGUGGAGUGGGCACGCAGCAGCAUCUUCUUCCGUGAACUCAAGGUGGACGACCAGAUGAAGUUGCUGCAGAACUGCUGGAGUGAACUCCUCAUCCUCGACCACGUUUUCCGGCAGGUGGUGCACGCCAAGGAGGGCUCAAUCCUAUUGGUUACUGGCCAGCAGGUGGACUAUGCAGUGAUUGCUUCACAGGCGGGAGCCACCCUCAACAACCUGUUGAGCCAUGCCCAGGAGCUGGUGGCCAAAUUGCGUUCCUUGCAGCUGGACCAACGGGAGUUUGUCUGCCUCAAGUUCCUGGUCCUCUUCAGCCUAGAUGUGAAGAACCUGGAGAACUUCCAUCUUGUAGAAAGCGUCCAGGAGCAGGUCAACGCAGCACUGCUGGAUUACGUCAUGUGUAACUACCCACAGCAAACGGACAAGUUUGGCCAGCUGCUCCUCCGGCUGCCUGAGAUCCGAGCCAUCAGCCUGCAGGCCGAAGAAUACCUUUACUACAAACACCUGAAUGGAGACGUGCCCUGCAACAACCUGCUCAUUGAAAUGCUACAUGCCAAGAGAGCUUAGGAGAGGACUAUGCUACCCAUAAUGCAGCUGUGCAGACAUCCUGAGAGCUCUGCUGCAGAAAAAACUCCAAAUAAUGAACCUCAAGCUCAGAACUGACUGCUGAUGACCAGGAGGAUGGAGAACAAAGUGUGCUAGAAACUCUUGUUUAGACUGAGCUCACGCUGAUGUUCAAGUUACAACUUGAAGUACAGAUCUGGACAAAGACACAUGCAGAGAGUCUCAUAAUGUGCAGAAAAAACGCAUAUGGAUCCCUUUAUUCUAAAAAAAAACAAAAAAACAAAAGAAAAAACAAAAAAAAAGUCUGAAAGAAGAAAAGAAGAGCCGCUUCUCCUCAAACACACAUAAAAAGACAAUACUGAAAGAAAAAAAUAAGAACACUUGAUAAAACACUACAUUUGACACUACAAGAUGGUAUCUAAUCGUCUGCACAAGCACAGACUAUCAAGACUGGCAGGCUGCAACUUAAAGAAUUAAUGGCCCUUGAGUGUUUUAGCACUGGUGACAGUGUGCGAGGCUUUUUGCGCUGAGAAAGGAAGCUGAGUAACACAGUGGCUGAUUUUGGUCACCAAUCCUUCGGCGUGCUCUCUCACUGAAACCGGAUUUUUGCUGUCGUUGGUACUGUAAAGACGAACUGGGCUAGAGACUCAAAUGGGCCAGGGACUCUUACCUUACCACCACGUUUGUUCUGUUUUUUUGCCACGGCAGCUCGACCUGACAGAGAUGGGAGAACUGACGGUUAAAAAAAAUAGGUCUAAAAACUGAACAUUCUUUAAUGAACAAAAUGAUAAAUAGGCCAAUAAGAAGAAAAAUACAAUGUUUUUUUUCUCUUGUAAUGGAAGUCAUUUGCUAGUCAUGGUCACCUUGUGGUUCCCCUUUCUUAUCCCACCUCCCCAAAUCAUCUUUAACUAUGUACCUCAGAAAGACCAGUGUUAAAUAAAUUCAGUUAAUAAUAUCGGCUGAAACAAUUGUAUUUAUAGCCCCUUUUUCCUGCAAAAAAAACACCCUCCCUUUUCAUUAUUUCAUUAAAACUGGAACAAAACAAAGUGUGAUUCUAGAGACGGAGAAGGAUCAACCCUGCCUUUGUCCGGAAAGACCAAAGCCUGCUGCAGAACAGUAGAAGUAAAUUACAAAUACCUUAAUAAUCAGUAUUAUAAAAGAAAAAAAAAAAAGAUUUGUGAUGUCACAGUUAUGUGAGUCUUGCCUUAUUUCAUUACCAUGCUAGCUAACCGUGCAGAUGUGAAUGAAAAUAUGUACAAAUAUAUAUAUAAAGUAUUAAUGUUGUAAAAAAUUUAAAAAAAGAAUAAUUCAACAGGUGUUUACAUUCAUGUGGUCAUAUGGGAGAGAACUGUGAUGAAGCAUAAAUUGCAAAGCAAUGAUUUCCUAAAAAAUGAAAUCAACUAAAUGAAAAAAAAAAAGAUCCCUCUGGUUUGCUUUCUUUGAUGUGUGUACAGUGUUUUAUUUUUUAUUU